AUGCGCGCAGGAGCGCCGGAUCCGUGGGCACUCCAAGAGGCGAUCCUCAAAGAGGAGCGUCUCUUCGAUGAUCAUCUAACGAAGAUUCAGGCUGGUGAGGAUGUGCGGAGAACCGCCAGGAUGAAUCCCAAGGAGCUGAAGUACAUGCACAAAACAGCCUCUGUGCCGUCAUUCAGGAGCACGCUGACGGUCAGAGAUCGAACCUUCCUGCGCGAGUUCCAUGAGAGGCCUCAAAAGGCUCAGCGGCUUGACGUCUACGCGCCCUAUGCCGGAGUCUUAGACCUGGGGCACCCAGCGACUGUCCCCCAUGUCGCAGACAAUCCAUAA